AUGUUAACUAAGUUGUGGACUGAGCAGGUUUCUGGAUACCUACGAAGUAAGAAUUGGGAUACAAGGGUAGCUGCUGCUCAAGCGGUGGGUGCAAUAGCCGAGAAUGUUAAGCACAUUUCUGUGAAGGAACUCUUUGGGUGCAUUGAGGCUGAAAUGGCAGAUGCUGGUUUUCCGGAUGCUUCUAAAGACAUGGGAAUGCUUUGGUCAAAUUUCACACCCAAUGUUGUGGCAGGACUCUCUUUCAGAAGUUUUGACAUUAACAAGGUAUUGGAGUUUGGCUCUCCGUUACUGGCAUCUGGAGGUCAGGAGUAUGAUGUUGCUAGUGAUAGUAGUAAGAAUCCAGCAGAGCGACUACACCUCCAGAAGCAGAAUCUUAGGCGUCGAUUAGGAUUGGAUGUUUGUGAACAAUUUAUGGAUGUAAGUGAUGUGAUCAGAGAUGAGGAUCUUGUUACUCAGAGAGGUCCAUAUGCUGCGAAUGGAGUACUUCAUGGAUAUUAUGGACCUCAAUCAAGGCAGAAUAUUCAUCAAUUAGUUGCAAAAAUGGCCCCAAGUUAUGUUCGUAGAAGGUUAAGUGCAAGGGAGUUAAACAUAUUGAAAAGGAAAGCAAAAGUAAAUGCGAAAGAUCACCCGAGUUCCAUGGCACCAUCUGGAGCAUCAUCAGACACUCAAGGUGUCAAUAAGGUUAUUAUGGAUGAUUUUGUUGAUGAAGACAGUAAUGAACAUGAUGGAAGUGGUGCUUGGCCAUUUAGUAAUUUUGUGGAGCAACUCAUUCAUGAUAUAUUUGACGCAGUUUGGGAAGUGCGCCAUGGUGCUAUUAUGGCUUUAAGAGAAAUCCUGACUCAUCAAGGCUCCUGUGCUGCAGUGUUUAUGCCUGACCUUAGCUCAGACCUGUCAUGGCUUAUUGACCCCAAUCACGAAAAUUCCUCAAACUCUGUAAAGAGAGACAGAGCAAUUGAUCUAAAUCUAGAAAUGGAGGAGUGUGAGCCAGACCUGAAGAGACAUAAAUCUGAAGAUGAGCCAAGUCUGAAUGACUCUGAAAUUUCUCCUCUUGCCAUAAGUAAUUCGGGUGUUGGUAAUGUUAAGGUGGAGCAAGAUUUAUGCAUGAAUGGUUCCAAUCUUCAGGGCCAGGACUUAGAAGACUCCACGCGGCCAAAGUCUCUUUCCCAAGAUAUUAUUUUUAACUCAAAUGCUAAUAUUCUCACCUCCUUUCCUGAAGGUUCAAAAGUAAUGAAGUUGAUCAAGAUAGGAAGACAUUCAUGGAUGAAAAACUGGGAAUUCCUUCAGGACUGUGCUAUUCGCUUCUUAUGCGUACUGUCAUUAGACCGUUUUGGUGAUUACGUCUCUGAUCAAGUUGUCGCUCCGGUUCGAGAGACAUGUGCCCAAGCUCUUGGUGCAGUAUUAAAUUACAUGCAUCCUUCAUUAGUGAAUAAAACUUUGACUGCACUACUCCAAAUGCAGUACAGACAAGAAUGGGAAAUUCGACAUGGAAGCCUUCUAGGGAUCAAAUAUCUUGUUGCUGUUAGACGGGAAAUGCUUGAGGAAUUGCUUGGAAAGGUCCUUCCUGCCUGUGAAGCUGGACUACAGGACCCUGAUGAUGAUGUUAGGGCUGUUGCUGCUGAGGCCUUAAUACCAGCUGCUGCUGCAAUAGUUUCCCUUAAACGACAGUCCUUGCAGUCAAUAAUGAUGCUUCUGUGGGACACUUUGCUCGACUUGGAUGACCUUAGCCCUUCCACUAGCAGUGUUAUGAAUUUGUUAGCUGAAAUAUAUUCACAACCAGAGAUGGUCCCAGAGAUGCUAGGAACAUUGACCUCAGUUGAGAAACAAGAAUUUGAUCUUAACAAAACUUCCCAAGUUGAUGAGCAUGGAUACGGGAUUAAAUAUGAAGAGAAUCCUUAUAUUUUGUCUGCUUUAACACCUCGUUUAUGGCCCUUUAUGAGGCACAGUAUUACAUCAGUUCGUCAUUCUGCAGUACGCACUUUGGAACGGCUUCUUGAUGUUGGAUGUCAGAAAUGUUUUUCUGAACAAGUGUCCACUAGUUUCUGGCCUACUUCUAUUUUAGGAGAUGCACUGAGGAUUGUUUUCCAGAAUCUUCUUCUGGAAUCAAAUGAGGACAUCCUACUUUCAUCAGAGAGGGUGUGGAGGCUCUUGCUUCAGGGUUCAGCUCAGGAUCUGGAAGAUGUUGCACGGUCAUAUUUUUCUUUCUUGAUACAACUUGCAACGACUCCAUAUGGUUCUGCGCUGGACACCACAAAAAUGUUUUGGCCUAUUGCACUUCCGCGAAAAAGUCAUCAUAGAGCUGCUGCUAAGUUGCGAGCUGUAAAGUACGAAGCAGAAUAUGUUAGGAACUCUGUGUUCAAUUCAGCUAAUGAAACUGGCGCACAGGAUAAAAAUACUGAUCUCCCAACCAAUUGCCAGAAAAUAAUUGUUGGUGCUGAUAAUGAGAAAUCAGUCACUCACACACGAAUGGUUACAGCAGCUGCAUUGGGUGUUUUUAUCUCCAAAUUGCCAGAGGCUUCUUUACUUGUUGUUAUUGAUCCAUUAUGGGAUAAUUUAAUUUCAUCAUCAGGGGUUCGGAGGCAGGUUGCUUCUAUGGUUCUCAUUGCUUGGUUCAAAGAGCUUAAAAACAGGGACCCUUCAAUAUUGCAUGAUAUUGUGCUUAAAUUUUUGGAUCAUGUUAGAGAGUGGUUGUUGAGUUUGCUAGCAUGCUCUGAUCCUGCAUGCCCUACAAAGGACUCAAACCUCCCCUAUGCUGAACUUCAAAGAACUUAUGGCAAGAUGCGAACCGAAGCUGGCGCUUUGUUGCAUUUACUUAGCCUAUCUGAUGCGUCCAAGAAUUUGAUAUCUGGUGUCCAGUUAGAGACAUUAAGUGUUGAUGGUUGCAUCAGCCUUGCUGCAAAGCUGCCACCAAUUGACUUAGCUUCUGCUGGGGCUAAUGAAAAACAACUUUUAGAUGAAAUAGAAUCAUCAAAGCAACGAGUACUCUCUACAUCAGGUUACUUGAAAUGCGUUCAGAACAAUCUACAUAUUACUGUCUCAGCUUUAAUUGCUGCUGCUGUAGUCUGGAUGUCAGAAUUACCUGCCAAACUAAAUCCUAUUAUUUUGCCUCUGAUGGCUGCUAUCAAGCGGGAGCAGGAGGAAAUACUACAGAAAUUGGCUGCAGAGGCACUUGCUGAGCUUAUUUUUCAGUGUAUUGACCGUAAACCCAGUCCGAAUGACAAGUUAAUCAAGAAUAUUUGUAGUUUAACUUGCACAGACUCUUCUGAGACGCCCCAAGUGGCAGUGUUAGACUCAGUGGAUGUCAUUGCCGAUCAAGAUCUGCUGUCUUUUGGGCGAGUAGUGAGUUCUCAAAAGACAAAAGGCCAGGUACUAUCAUCCAGUGAAGAUAGGGCAAAAUCAGAAGGUUAUAUAAGUAGACGGGGGUCUGAACUAGCUCUGAAACAUUUGUGUCAAAAGUUUGGAUCUUCAUUAUUUGCUAAACUUCCAAAGCUGUGGGAUUGUCUGACGGAAAUUCUUAAACCUUCCAAUGCUGAAGCUCAUUUACCUGAUGACAGUCAGCAAAUGCCAGAAUUAUUUGACAUUCCCAAGGAUGUGGAUCCACAAGCUCUCAUAAACAACAUCCAGGUGGUGCGUUCCAUUGUGCCUUUGGUGGAUGUGGAACUACAAGCAAGACUACUCAGUCUCCUUCCAAGCAUUCUUGGUCUUGUGUGCCAUUGUCAUGUUGCUGUCAGGUUAGCUGCUUCCAGAUGUAUUUUAUCCAUGGCCAAAUCAAUUACAACUAGUGUGAUGGGAGCUGUCAUUGAGAAGGCCAUUCCUUUGUUGAGAGACUCAUCAUCAGUGCACGCAAGGCAAGGAGCUGGCAUGCUUGUGAGUUUGCUUGUUCAGGGUUUAGGGGUGGAGCUUGUUCCUUAUGCUCCUUUACUUGUUGUUCCUCUUCUGAGAUGUAUGAGUGAUGUGGAUCACACUGUUAGGCAGAGUGUCACUCAUAGCUUUGCUGCCCUUGUGCCUUUGCUGCCAUUAGCUAAAGGACAUCCUCCCCCAUCAGGAUUGAGUGAAAGUUUAUCUAAAAAUGAAGAAGAUGCAAAGUUUUUAGAACAGCUACUUGACAAUUCUCAUAUUGAUGAUUACAAACUUCCCAUCAACCUCAAAGUGGAAUUAAGGAGGUACCAACAGGAAGGGAUUAAUUGGUUAUCUUUUUUACAGCGCUUCAAGCUUCAUGGGAUUUUGUGCGAUGAUAUGGGACUUGGUAAAACACUUCAGGCAUCAGCAAUUGUGGCAUCGAACAUUGCAGAGCAGCGGGCUCGCAACAAUGGCAAGGAUCUUCUGUCUUUAAUUAUCUGUCCUUCCACAUUAGUUGGACAUUGGGCGUACGAAAUCGAAAAGUAUAUUGAUGACUCCUUGAUGAUUACUCUCCAAUAUGUUGGUUCUAUUCAAGAGAGAAUGUCAAUUCGUGAGCAGUUUGAUAAGUGCAAUGUCGUCAUAACCUCAUAUGAUAUUGUCCGUAAAGAUAUUGAUCAUCUUGGAAAGAUUUCCUGGGACUACUGCAUUUUGGACGAGGGGCACAUUAUUAAGAGUUCAAGAUCAAAAAUUACUAAUGCAGUGAAGCAGUUGAAAGCUGAGCAUCGUCUUAUAUUGAGUGGUACUCCUAUCCAGAAUAAUGUGUUGGAACUGUGGUCUCUUUUUGACUUCUUGAUGCCUGGUUUUCUUGGGACAGAGAGGCAGUUUCAAUCGACUUAUGGGAAACCACUGCUGGCAGCUAAGGAUGCUAAAUGCUCUUCAAAGGAUGCUGAAGCUGGUGUUCUUGCUAUGGAAGCAUUGCACAAGCAGGUUAUGCCAUUUCUCCUUCGUCGAACUAAGGAUGAAGUCUUAUCUGAUCUGCCUGAGAAAAUUAUUCAAGAUAGAUAUUGUGAUCUGAGUCCUGUACAGCUUAAACUUUAUGAACAAUUUUCUGGUUCUGAUGCCAAGAAGGAAAUAUCAACAUUUGUGAAAACAAGUGAGACACCAGAUGCUGCCGGAGUAAAUGCUCCAAAAAAAGCGACUGCUCAUGUCUUCCAGGCAUUGCAAUAUUUACUUAAACUCUGUGGCCAUCCGUUGCUUGCAAUUGGUGAAAAACCUAUAGGUUCUGUACUGGACCAUCUAUCAGAAGUCAUCCCUGGCUGCCCUGAUAUUAUUACAGAGCUCCAUGGAUUACACCAUUCUCCUAAGUUAGUUGCUCUUAAAGAAAUUUUAGAGGAGUGUGGAAUAGGCUUACAUUCAUCAAAUCCAGACAGCCAUAUUACAGUUGGUCAGCACCGUGUUCUGAUUUUCGCUCAACAUAAGUUGCUCCUUGACAUUAUUGAGAAAGAUUUGUUCCAAGCCCAUAUGAAGAGUAUCACAUAUUUGAGGUUGGAUGGCUCUGUUGAAUCAGAAAAGCGUUUUGAAAUUGUGAAAGCGUUCAAUUCAGAUCCUACCAUUGAUGUCCUACUGCUGACUACACAUGUUGGUGGGCUUGGUUUGAAUUUGACAUCCGCUGAUACACUGAUUUUUAUGGAGCAUGAUUGGAAUCCAAUGAAAGAUCUCCAGGCAAUGGACAGAGCACACAGAUUGGGUCAGCGCAAGGUUGUCAAUGUUCAUCGUCUCAUUAUGCGUGGCACUCUGGAAGAGAAAGUUAUGAGCCUUCAGAAGUUUAAAGUUACAGUUGCAAAUGCUGUUAUCAAUGCCGAAAAUGCCAGCUUGAAAACCAUGAACACUGAUCAAUUACUUGAUCUAUUUUCUUCCACACCAGCAACUAGAAAGGGUGGUAAUCUUUCAAGCAGCUCCAAUGGUAAUUUGGAUGGGGAUGCGAAACCUGCAGCUGGUGGUAAGGGAAUGAAUGCCAUUCUCAACAGUCUCGGUGAGCUCUGGGAUCAGUCCCAAUACGAGAAUGAGUAUGAUCUUAACCAGUUCAUAGCAAAGCUUAAUGGCUAACUUAGACAGCGCCGUCAUGUACAGUGUACAGAAGAAGAGUAAGUUUGUUCGGUCCAUGAAAUUUUGACCCUUAGUUCAUUGUCAUAUUUUUAUUCUAAAUUUAACGAGGAGCUGGCUAACAAACGGGUGGGUCCGACAUGUUUUUGAGGGUAGGUUCCCCCAGAAGUGUAUAGAUCACCCAUCUGAUGGGCGGAAUUUGUAAAUCCGACUCUUUUGUAUGAACCCCUUUAUAUAGCUCGCUUUCGGUUCGAGCUUUUUCUAGUGUUUCUGCAAAUUAAUAUGAGCACAGCAUUACUUGCCCAUGUUUUUAUUGGUCAUACAGAUGCCAGUAAUGUAGCAUGUUGUUGGUCAGUUGUCUACAUCGCAUUGUGCUAAUGAUGCAAACCGGAUGGCAGAUUCUUAUUUGCUUUGCUUA